CAGUUAUGUUAAUGUGACAGUUUUUGCCAAGUAUUGUGUAGUUUUCUUCAUUUUUUUUAUAAAUACAUGAAAAAUGUUAUAUAAUGUUACGAAAUAAUUAACUAUCUAAUAGUACGAUAUGUAUAUUAAUACUUCUAUGGUGCAUACAAGUCAUUAUUAAUUCGGAGUGUUCAACUAUAACUAACCUCCUCUUCGCAAAUAGCGACUACGUGACUUCGAAAUCUUGAGAAAUCAAUUUGAAGAAAUGGAAAAAAAUAUGGCGUUUGCUAGUGGAAGUACUCAACCCUCAGCUCCUCCACCUUCGGCACCUCCUUCUUACGAAGAGGCUGUUGAAAAUGCAGCUCGUAUAUCUCGGCAACCAAACAUUCCAGUAGGAAUUCCAUAUCCAGUGGGACCAUCUUCUAUGCCAAUGUCAUCUUCUAUGCCUCAUAACGCUCCUCAGAUAAUUCCAUCGAAUCAGACGACGGUGCCAUAUCCACCGAAUUAUUCUGGGCCCAGCGAAUCUAUGCCACAGCAACAGACACAAUAUAAUGCAAAUCCGAAUGCGGUGCCUCAACCGGAAGUCCGAGUUGUAUAUCAGCCAAUGAUUUAUUCUUUGAGUCCAAAUCCAACAAAAACAACGUGUCCCACUUGUCAUGCUAAUAUUAAAACUUCCACAAUGUCGGAUCAUCAGCGAUGUGCUCAUCUAUGCUGUAUCUUGCUCUGCUUAUUUGGAUGUUGCCUUUGCUCAUGCCUACCGUAUUGUAUGAGCAACUUCAUGAGUGUCCAUCAUUUCUGUCCGAAAUGCAAAAGUUAUAUUGGUACGUGGAAAGGUUGAAUCAAACCUGGGACACGUCAAUUUGUAUAUUGUUACGCGAUUCUUUAUAUAAUCAAAUACAUUAAUGUAAUAUGUAUUAUCGCACAUUAUAUGUAUACAUAUUACAUAUUACAUAUUACAUAUUACAUUAUGUAUUAGUCAGUAUAACAUAUAUGGGAAGUAAUCGAUAUUUCCCUGCUUAUCGCGUAUAGCAAGUUAAGAGAAAGAUUUAUCCGACAAGAUUGUCAUAGAUCGUAUUACUAUACAUUCAUAUAUGUGACGCUUAUUCCUUGCAAGAUGAGAUCUGAAUGCAGUAUACUACAAUGUACAAUAGUCUCGAUGAUUGUAGAUUUCAUGUUGAUCCGAUAUAAGUGAGAUGAUGUGUUCGAGUGUGUUCAUGUCGAAUUUAGAGAUAGCGUGGGUAAUACUAUUACAGAUAUUUUCGAGUGUUGAACUAAUGAGCAGUAUUGUUUUUACUUGCAUUUGUCAUAUUCUACGUAGCUUUAGGAAAAUUUUCUAGGAAAAGAAAGACAGAGAGACAGAGAGACAGAGAGACAGAGAGAGAGAGAGAGAGAGAGAGAGAGAGAGAGAGAGAGAGAGAGAGAAAUUCGCAUUCGGAAAGAAAGGAGAAACGAUGUUUCUUCUGGUUGGUUGAACCAAGGCGAAUUGUUCUCUUAUUUCUUUCAACGUGUUUCAUUAGCGUAUAAGAAAAAAGGGAACGAUUAGUCGAUAAUAAACAUAGAAAGUUGUUCCACUUCUUGUUCGCAACAAUAUUCGUGCAUUUUUAUUUUUGUAUUUUAUUGGUGCUUCCGGGAUUUUAUUAUGAAAUACAUUCUUGCAUAUUACAUAGUAUAUAGAAACUAUAAGUAUGAAAAAUGAUAUUUUUAUGCAGAUUGCGAAAGGAUUUGCAUAUUGAACGAAAACUAUUCGAAUUAUAUUAUCAAGAUUAUCUAUUUCCGUUUUUGAGUGGUAUCAUACUUUUGUUCAAACAAUUUAUAUGAAAUAUUAAUUGAUUACUGUUAGAAAUUCUCUUUUAUAGACGAAUGUAUCAAACAGAAAGAAUAAUUUUGUGCGUGAAAGAAAUAUCUUCGAGCUUCCCUUGCAAUUCCAGGAAGAUAAUAUUUAACGACGUAAUAGAGAUUCACACGCUGUUUGAUGUUUCACGUAUUUAAGAUUUUGACUCAAAUAUUUCUAUGAUUCUACGCAUAUAUUUAUCCUCGCUAUACUAUUUUGUUCUUUUUACGUAUUAUAUAUAUUAUAUACACACACAUAUAUAUAUAUAUAUAUGUCUUUUGAAUCAGUUACAAUGAUUAAUAUUAAUGUCAAGUUCUCAUUCUGAAUAACAUCGCUAUUAUCUCUUGCUUUAUUUGGUUCACGUGUAAUUUACAUGAAAUUUUUUAGCGUUUUUUAUAUAUAUACGUGUAUUUUGAAUGUACGAUAUUUUUCUUGUACGUGUUUUAUAUAAUAAA